CCUAGGUAGGUCGUGAAUGAGCUUCUCCUACACUUCUUCUCCUCCCUUUGACCACGAUUUCUAUCUCCCUCCCUUUUCUCAAUUCUUCCAGUUAUCUUUCCAUCCCUAAUUCAAUAUGUCUCAAACUUUGACUCCCGAAGUUACAUGGGCUCAGCGUUCAUCCGACUCGGACCCUGAGCGCAACUACCUUUACGUGAACAUCAAGGCUGCCGAGGUUCCCAAGGCCGAUGCUACCCUCAGCAUCACCGAGAAGAAUGUCUCUUUCAAGGGCACUUCCCGGAAGGGCGUAACAUACAACGUCUCCCUGGACCUCUUUGCCGAGAUCGACCCCGAGAACUCCAAAGUCAACCACACCGACCGCGACGUCGAGCUCGUGCUCCGGAAGAAGGAGCUCAAGGAAGAGUUCUGGCCCCGCCUUCUCGAGAGCAAGCAGAAGAUGCACUUCCUGAAGACCAACUUUGACAAGUGGGUCGACGAGGAUGAGCAGGAUGAGGCUGGUGAAGAUGACUACGCCAACAACUUCGGCGGUUUCGGUGGUGAGGGUGGUGACCCCAAUGCUGGUGCCGGUGGUCUAGGCAACAUCGACUUCUCCAAGCUUGGCGGUAUGCCCGGCAUGGGUGGAAUGGGUGGCAUGCCCGACCUCAGUGCUCUGGCUGGCGGUAUGGGCGGUGUGCCCGGUGGUGAAGGUGCCGAGGAGGACGAUGAGGACCUUCCUGAGCUCGAAGAGGCCGACGGCCAGAAGUCCACCAAGAUCCAGGAAAUUUCUUAAAUGUGAGAUGCCUGUUUUCUGCGAAAUCUAUGACGACCAGAAACGAAAAAUGAGGGCGCUUUAAGACGCCUACGGGAUGAUGGCUUGAAAUAUGGAUUUGCUUGGGUUUUCGCCGUUCAUUGACUGCAAGGAUAUUUUGACCAGGCAGCUUUGAACCAAGGCCAACCUUUAUACAUAGUAGAUCUAUUUCAUUGAAAACAUCCCAAUGAUUGAUGAAGCGUGAUGAGUG